ACACCCUGCAAGGAAAAUUUCACAACUUCCGGUUAUCUGACAUGAAUGUCAGUGUCCAUGGUGUCAGAGCUUGAAAAAAGGGGGAAAAGAUAGACACAUGAUGAUGUCAAACAGUAUUCUUGGAUUAAAACCACUGCAAUUUGUCCAUGUAUUGGACUUGAACACUAACAUUACAAGACUUGAGGUAGGACCACAGACAAUACCACUGAAGGGAAAUGAGAGACUUGUCACCCAGCCCCUGCCAAUGGUGGUAGUCAAACCUGGUCACUACUGUAUCAUCCAGAAUCCAUGCAGCAAGUACAUACCAGGGGAAGUCAGUGAGUUGAAGAUUGGACAGACUGCCGUCAGAUUUAACUCUGAUUCCCCGUUCCCACUUUAUCCAGGAGAAACACUCCCAGAUGCUCCUCGAUUUUUGAAAAAUGAGCCUGAUCUAACAAAUGCCAUUAAACCCUUACCUGUUAUUAAAGCCAAUUAUGCCAUCAGAUUGAUUGCAAAUAUUGACUUUGAAGAUGCCCAGGGUCAGCAUAUGGCAGGAGAGAAGUGGCAGCUGGAAGGACCCCUCACAUACAAACCUCAGCCUGAAGCAGAGAUUGAGGGUAUCAUCAGUCCAUUGGUCAUUAACCAAGGAGAAUCCUUACGAUUAAAAGCAAUUCAAGAAUUUAAAGAUCGAUUUGGAAACAAGCAUGUUACAGGUGAAGAAUGGAUGAUCAAUCAACCAGGGGCUUACCUGCCAGAUGUAUAUGAGGAGGUAGUUUCUCUGGAAAAGUGUGUUACCUUAACACCAAAUAAUGGAAUUGUCCUAAAAGCCUCUCAGACAAUGCUCGACAGCCAGGGAGUGAAGAGGAUAGCUGGGGAGCAGUGGCUGCUGACUGGAGUGGAGACAGAUCAUUAUUUUCCAGAGAUUGGUGUGGAGGUGGUAUCAGAGGAGACUAUUAAGGUCCUAUGGAAAGGACAAUACUGUGUAAUUAAAGAUGUAGUGGACAGGCAUGGAAAACCACAGCUGGGAAAAAGAGAACUGAGAGUUGGGCCAUGCAGUUUCUUCCUUCAUCCAGGAGAGACAUUAGAGAAUGGAGCUGUCCAGAAAGUUCACAUUCUAGGAGAAGAUGAUGCCAUUGUACUACAGGCAGAGGAAGAGUAUAAGGACACCAUGUUCAAAGGUAAAAGAAGACGACCUGGUGAUGUGUGGAUGUUGAGGGGCCCUCAGGAGUAUGUACCUCCCAUUGAGGUCAACGUCAUCAAAACAAGAAGUAAGAUUCCUUUGAGCAAGAAUGAGGGUAUUUACAUCCAAGAUUUUCAGACUGGAAAGGUAAGAGCAGAAAUGGGACCACAGUCUUACAUGCUGUCGGAAGUUGAAGAAUUGUGGGAAAAAAGUCUGCCAGAUAUCACUGAAGAGCUGCUUAAAAAUGGAGGUGGAUUGGGAACAGGUGAUAUACGGAAGAUGGCUUACUUUGAACAAUCAAUUGAUCCUCAAAACCUUUCGGGAAGAGAUAAGACAAGGGUCGUGACUUACCGUUGCCCAUGUAACACAGCUGUACAAGUUUAUAAUUACCUGGAGAAAACUGCACGAGUGGUGUUUGGUCCUGAUCUAAUCAUAUUGGGACCACAUGAAAAUUUUAAUGUCCUCAGUCUCAGUGCUGGUAAACCAAAAAGAUCCAAUUCAUUGAAAACCCUUUGUCUUAUGUUGGGACCUGACUUCAUAACAGAUAUUUUAGAGGUGGAAACAUCAGACCAUGCACGUUUAAGAAUACAAGUGGCAUUUAACAAUCAUUUUGAGUAUGACUUAAAUGGAACAGAAGAAGAAAAAAGCAAGCUGUUUUCUGUCCCUGAUUUUAUUGGAUUUGCUUGCAAACGAAUGGGAGCUAGGAUCCGAGCUGCUGUAGCUCAGGUAAUGUUUGAUGAUUUCCAUAGACAUUCCAACCAAAUACUUAUCACUGCAGUGUUUGGCAUGAAUGAAAAAGGUCAAAUAAACAAGGAGGUCAGAUUCAAGGAAAAUAACCUGAUUUUAAGCAGCAUGGACAUUCAGAGUAUAGAACCAGUGGAUGCCAAGAUGAGAGACAGCCUCAGUAAAUCUGUGCAACUGGCAAUAGAGAUAUCCACUAAUUCAAUAGAGGCAGCAGCAUCGCAUGAGGCAGCCAGAAAUGAACAAAUAGCCAGGGGUGAAUUGGAGAGGCAAAAACUCUAUAAUGAAAAAGAAUCUGAAAAAGAACGAUGUAAACUCUUGGAACUUCAAGCCGUCACUGCUGCAGUGGAGUCUUCUGGACAGGCUAAAGCAGAGGCCCAAGCUCAGGCCGAGCGCAUUAUCAUUGAGUGUGAGAGCGAGAUUGAAGCUGCAAAACUGAGGGCAGAAGCAGCAGGAAUAGAGCAUAAUGCUCAGUUAACCACACAGGAAGCGCUACGAAAACAAGAACUAGAUUAUGCGAGAAAUAUGAACAGACUAGAAAUUCAUAAGGAAAGGGAAAUGACAAAUAUUGAGGUAAAGAAGUUUAAGGAUAUGAUUUCAACUAUAGGAGGAAAUGUAUUGGCUGCCAUUGCAACUGCAGGUCCAGCAAAUCAGGUAAAUAUGUUGAAAGCCCUUGGAUUGGAGAGCGUUCUGAUCACUGAUGGCAACAGCCCUGUCAAUCUGUUUGACACAGCCAGUGGUCUUGUAGGACAAAAUCAGUAAACUCUCCCAGGAGUUAUCCAAAAAUAAUUUGUUUCUUUGACACCAAUUUUGUUUUGUAAGAGUGUUGAAUGAAACAUUAUAAUGAUUUCUUAGUAUUAACUUUCAAGUGUGUUUUUGUAAGUGUAUCUUGAUGUUUUUCACUCUCUUUAAUUAGUUAACCAACUUUGCCAUUUGCAAUUGUGAGAUUAUUACGUAUAUUUGAAUUACAUAACCAAGAAAUAUAAUUUUCAGAAUAAUUUAUUCUAUACAUUCUCGUUUAAAUAAAAUAUGUAAGAGAUUAUUUAAGUGUUAUAUUGUAGAUUAUUUUAAAAUACUAUUUACUUUACAUUUAUAGUCAAAAUAUUUCUGUAUCUUUGAUAUCUUGAUAAAUUCAUUAGAAUUUUGAUAAACAUUUUCAUGUUAGAUAUACGUUAUAUUUUCCACACAUUCAUAUCGUCCACUAUCUAAUUUAUUUUCUUGCGAAAUUUUGAAUAUUUUUGUGAUUUAUAAAUUUUGAAAUAAAUAAAACAUUCGUCAAAUGCAUCUCUUAUCUUGUUUAGUUAAUUUAAAUAAAUGGUACUUCUGUACUAUUUAAGGAAGUUGACUUAGUUUUAUAAGGUUAAUUUACAAUAGCAUGUCCUAAUUAAGAAUCAAACAAAUAAUAGCAAACAUAUUUAUUUUAUUAAAAAAUGCAUGGAUUUCAUGCUUAAUAAGAGGCCAACAGACCUUAAGGAUCACAUUAGUACAUUGUACUUUAGCGCGUACACAGUCUUGUCAAGGAAUCUCAUAUUUAUGCAUUUAAUUAAGCUUCAUUCUGGAGUAAAAAAAAUCUUAAAUGUGUUAAUGACCACCCCCCCCCCCUUCCUGAAAUCUUGCAAUCAUCCAAAUUUUAUUGGGAAUGUGACAAAAGGGUAGAAAUGGCACUUGGCAAGUGCACUUUCGAAUAAUGAAAAAACUUUUUAAAAAAUUUAAUAUAAUUUAUAUAUACCGGUAUAUAGAUAUUCCACCUGUCUGGUGGUUAUUUUAGCGUCAACUGUCUUUGCAUGCAACCUGGCAAGGAACUUUCAUCUAAUCACCUGGCUAUUCUAACAGGUUAUGUCACUUGGUCAAGCAUCGGACAACAAACAACUUGACACUUUACCACUUGCAUGCAACUUAUCACUACAGGUUUUAUUUUACUUUUUUCUCUACCAAUUCUCAUGUUAAACAAAUCUUGCAGAAUAUAACAAAGUGAUAUUCUAUAUCUAUGCAACACUUCUGCACUCAAUAUUCACCACUCUAUGGAAUUUUUUACCAACAAAGCUUUAGUUUUCUUACUAUCCACAACUCUCUCUAUAAAUAUUUUAAUAAAAUCUAC